AUGACUUCCAUUACUCCUAACCAAACGCUAGAAACGUUACCAACAGAGAUUUUAUUUAAUAUAUUUUCAUAUUUAGAUGAGCCCGAUUUAUGUCAUUUACAACAAAUUUCAAAGACAUUUAAUGCAUUAAUUACAGCAGAUGAAUUAUGGAAAUAUCUGUUUGUUGCAAGACUUGGUACUACUAAAUUUCCAUCAUUAGCAAGAUCACAUGAAUUCCAUACAGAAUAUAUUGCACGUAGAGAUUAUUUACUUCGUUGGAGACAUAAUAGAGUUGUACGUACAAAAUAUGCAGUCUCGCCAUUUAGACCUGGUCCUGCAAACCAACUAUUACAACAGCAGCAACAGCAACAAGGUAUGCCUAUUGAGAGUCUAGUAUUUUCAUAUCCUCGUUGUGCUUGUUAUAAUGAUGGUACCAUUACAUUGAUUCAUCUUCAAAAUAAACGUUCAAGACAAAGAUUGACUUAUAUUCCUUGUACAACCCCGCAAGGUUGUUCUACUUUAGAUUUCUCUAUCAAUGCGGCUGUGUUUGGUAGAUUUGAUGGUCGUGUCUUUGGAAAAUUAUUAGGUAAUAAAUCAUAUUUGACACCAGCAACAGAAUUUAAUUCUACACAUUCGACAUGUGUCACUGCGAUUGCAUCUUUAUUGAAUGAUACGUCUUCGAAGGAACAUAAAUGUGUUAGUGCAUCUGAGAAUGGGGAAUUGAUUUGGUGGGAAGAUACCAAACGAGUGGCAUUCAUGAAACCAACAAUUGGACUGAUUUGGAAACUAUAUUAUUGGAAGGAUUUCACAUUAGCAUUGGAUCAUAAAAGAAUAUAUGUAAUUCAAAACCAUUCAAUUUUGCAUUCAUUAGCUUUACCAUUAAAUAUAAUACGGUCAUCGGGAAAUCUUCAACAAUCUAGCACCACAACAACCCAAGAUAUUUUACAAUUUAUUAAUGUAGAUUUUGGGUCUCGUACGCUUGUAAUGACUAGUAACUCUGAAGUAUAUACAAUCUGUUUUGAUCCAAAUAAUGCCUUUGGAACCACUCAGACAAUGCAAAUUAAAGAUAUUUUCCCAAACAUUUCAAGCACCAUUACAAACGUAUACAUGGAUGAGACUACAUCUAUUAAAGAACAAGAUUUUUCAUUGGCAGGUAAGGAUGGUUGUUACAUGGCAUUACUUACAUCAGAUAAUGAUAUUGCAAUUAUUAAUGUACGAAACAUUGCGUCUACAAUAAAAAUUCAAACCACAAUAAGUUUCGAUGAACAGAUUCAUACAGUGAAAGUGACAAAUUUAUUAGUGGUCGUAGCCAUUGCAAAUCAGAUUCAUUUGUUAGAUUCAUCAACGGGCUCGCCUAUAAAAGUCAUCCAGAAGACUGAUAAAUAUCCCCAAUUUUUGGAUAUUUCCGAAAAUAAAGUCCUGGUAGGAAGUGGUAAUGUAUUGCAUUUAUUAGAGUUUAUCUCUAGUAAAAAUAAAGGCCCGGGGGAUGAUGACAUUACAUUGGGGACGAAAUCUUCCUCCUCGAAUCGUAACCGUAGUAACAAAUGGAUUGAAACGUUAAACUCCGAAAUGGAUACUUUUGACGAGGAAGAAACGUAUAGACAUGAUCAACGACUAGAGCAUCAUAGACUAUUAGAGACAUAUGGUGGUGAUAUUACACCAACCUCAAGGAAUAACGAACAGUUAUUAACUGUCGCAAACGCCGAUAACGAAGAAGAUGUUCAAUUGAGGAUUGCAUUGUUGGAAUCCCAAUCAACUACAUUGCAAGAGAAUAGUACUGUAGAUGAUGAUGAAGAGGAACAAUUAAGGAGGGCUAUUGAAGAAUCUCAACGGAUUCUUGAACGGAUAAAUGAUGAUAAUUCUCCAAAUACAAACUUGGGUGACCUUGCAGAAGGUGAUGAUGAAUUCAGACGGGCUCUGGAACUUUCAAUGGCAGAAGAACAACAAAGAACUACGAGAACUAUGCCAAUUCCUAGUGGAUCUGAUAUCUUAUCUGAUAAUAUACCUCGUGAUACAGGUACUUCCACAAGAGCAAAUGAUCAUUCAAGCACGAUGUCCGAGGAUGAAGAAUUACAAUUAGCCUUAGCGUUAUCCCUAAGUGAAAUAAAUUAA